AUGGAUGAUGAAAAUAUUGGUACGAUGGAGCAAUGGUUCGAUUCAACAUUUAUAGUUCUUAAUGAAUCUUAUCAACUUGAUCUACGUCGAGUUUUAUCACCUGAUACGUGUGAAUUGAUUCAUGCAUUAAGUGAUUAUUAUAUGUUUGAUAAUAUUGGCCUAUUUAUGCAUUUACUUGCUUUAACUUCAUAUUAUCUUACACCAACUUCAUUUGUCUAUGCUGACAAUCAACUAAAACAUAAACUCAAUCUUCAUUUAUUAUUAGUUGUACGAUCAGGUUAUGAACGUUCAUCACUUGUUGAACAUAUAAAACAAGCAAUGAAUAAUGUACAAUGUCUCCGUCAAACAGGACAACAAUAUGAUACUCGACAUACAUUUAAUUCAAAUAUAUUUUGUCGAUCAGAUGAAUCAACAUUACCAACAGGUUUUUGUAUAUCAGAUAAAUUUGAUGAACAUGGAACAUAUGCUCAUAUACAAAAACAAAAUUCUCAUUCAAUUAUUGGAACAAGUAAUGGACAAUUUAUUCGGAAAAUACUUGAAACUAAAUUUAAUAAUAACACUAGUUUGAAUAAUAAUAAUAACUAUCUUAUAAAUAAUACAGAUUGGUUAAUGAUAUUUAUAGCUAGUAAAGCACGUUUGUUUUGUCGACGACCGAAAUUAUCUGAUUCAAAUCGUUAUCCAUCACUUGAACAAUGGAUUAUAGUUCUUAAUUGUCAUUGUUCAAAUUUAAUUGAUUUUUAUUUUGAUGAUCCACAAGCAAAUCAAUUUAUGUGUGAUUAUCUCGAUGCACUUUAUUUAAAAGCAACAUCACUUGAAGAUACUCAUUCAGGUAUGUCGGCAAGAUAUUUAUCAGCACGUGAACAAGUUUUACGUGUAUCAGCAUCAUUACGUGUUAUUGAAUUAGCUAUUGAAACAUUAAUUGUUUAUCGACGAACAUUUCAUACAUUUGGUCAAGCAGAUAAAGUAUUUUUUGAUAAUUGUAAUCAUAUUAUUGAGAAAACAAGAAGUACAACAACAGUACGAGUUAAUAUUAAUGUUGCUAUUGUUCAAUCAGCUAUUUAUUUUGUUAAUACAAGUAUAAAACAAUUUGAAAUUAUGUUUGAACCAACAUUAAAUACUGGAACAUUAAAUCCAGAAGUACCAACAUUAAUAAAUCAAGCACCUAUUGCUGAUCGUUCAUGGAUAUUACAUCAACCAUCAACAUCAUCAUUUCCACCACGAUCAACAUCACCAGCAUCAAAACGUUUAAAAACAUUUGUUGAUCCUUCCUAUGUUAAAUCAUUAGAACUUGCUCAUGAACUUUUACUUUUACCCUAUGUUGCAUUUACACGUACAUCUGUAUAUGCAAAUUCAAAAUUAAAACGUAAUGCUGCUUAUCUUGAUUCAGUUAUUGAAGAAUUAAAAAAAUAUCGAUUACUUAUUAUGGUAAGACAAGGUGUACAAAUGGUUGAUGGAACAAGAAGACGUGUUGAUCUUCUUGUUAAAUGUGCUCCAAUGUUAAAAGAAGAUGAAAAUAAUAAUAACAAUAAUAAUAAUAAUAAUGAAAAAAAUGAUGAUGAUCUUAUUGAACGUUUAGGACGUUUUGGUGUUGAAUAUGAUCGUUAUAUUCAAACACUUGGUACACUUGAUAUUGGAGAUAAAUAUCGUUUAUCUGAACAAUGUUUUGAUUUAUUAAAUUCACCUGAUUAUAAACGAUAUUUAACAGUUGAUCUUGAACGAAUAGCACCAUUACAUCGUAUACAACAGCAACAACAACAUCAACAGUAUUCACAACAAGAACAACAUCAACAUUCGAUACAACAUGAAGAAACAAAUGAUUUAUGGGCAACAGCAUCAUCAUCAUCGAAUAUUAAACUUGAACCAGCAGAUUUUUAUGCAUAA